AUGAGUCAAUCUUCUGGCCCUGAUAGACGGUACUGGGCCCAAAUUGCUGACAGGGCAAGUAACUUCGACAUCAUCAAUGUCCCAAGCAGUCCGGAAGAUGGGUCGGAGUGCGACAUCGACUUUGAUGACGAGCUUGAGAGCCUCUGGCUGCCCGCACUGAGGGCUUCUGGAGGCACUGGGCCUCCAGUCGUGGAAGAAACACGCAUCAUAAGAGCGUCUGAUUCCCAUGGGAAAGGAAGAAGCAGUGAAGCUACUAUCGUGGAAUACACAAUAGAUUCGAAUACUUUGAGCUUUUCCAGUCUCCAUGGACGACUACACCAUCCACCCAAUCGCGGUACUCACUGGUACGGGCCAACAAGCCAUUUGCACUAUUCGCGCAACGCCCUGCUGGAGUCCCUAUGUCAGCCGUCCAGAGGAGUCCCAGCUGAAUCAAAUCGGGCCCAUCAAGCUGCCAUCAUCACUUCCGAGAUAAAUACCGAUGAUGAAAAGUCUCUGGAAGAUUUGUUCUUCUCGUGGCAAAAUCCUGCACUUCACGGCAUUGGUCGAGAAGAAUACUUUGAGGCUAAGAAUAAGAUGAGGGUCGAACAAAAUGUAGAGCUUUGCAGCACAGCAUUGGUCAACGCAAUUCUCGCAGUCAGCGCACUGUCGGCAUCUCGCACUUCGUUCAGGACCCCCAGAGGCUACAGACCAGCAGAUUUUUUCGCUCAGAGGGCCAGAAGGCUACUUGAGAAUGACAUUGAUAACCCGACCUUGGCAACAGCCCACGCCAUUCUGGUGCUUUGUAUGUAUGAAAUGGCGGAGGGAAACGAUUCAAGAGUAGGUUGGCUAUACACAGGCAUGGCCGUACAGCUUCUCUACGAGCUUGGUCUCCAUAUCCCCUUGGCUAACAGUGCCAACCUUGGAAAUCUUCCAUCAACCAAGACCCAGAAUUCGAUCCACGCAAGUCGUCAACGUACGUAUUGGGCAAUUUGCAAUUCUCAUAUGUAA